UUGAAAGGCUUCCGACACUUUGACAUUUGCUGGUGAUGAUUGUUGACGAGAAUAUUCACUGCGCAAGUGCCCUUAUCCGUGAAAAACACUUUUUGAUCUCAUCUGUUCAUUUCCAGCUUUAGAAGUAGUGUUCAAGCUAUGCACACAAUGUUUUGCAAAAUAUGAAAGCAUAAUGGCAGUUUAAUGUUGUAUGUCAUUUGAUAACGUCUUCUCACAGUGACUCGAGAUUGUAAUAAAAGCACACCAGGAGUUAUAAUACUGUUGCAGUUGAACAUUUCUUUUAUCUGUCCCUGUGACAAAGCAUUGCUGACGAUACUGCAUUAAAACUUGGCAUCCUCAAUUUCAUGUUUUGCUAUGUUGCACACCAGCAGACAAGGUGGGCAUGGAGCAAGUAAGCACGAGCUCUUAACUAUUCAGUAAAGAAAAAGCAUGUACAUACAGUCGGAAAGGUGGAAACUUGCCAUGCACCAAUGCUCUAUUUUACAUAGCUAAUGUCGCUGCCAGUGAUCAUCAAGAUUGGUAUUGUGGUGCAAUGCUGGACAGUUAUAUCCCAUACGAAAACAGAAAUUUUUAUUCAAAACUGCCUAUCAAUCUUAGUGCUUUAAAACCAGAAAUGCACUGCCAGGGUAUUUACUUUGACAAAGGGGCCUUUGUGACAAGUGUUGGAAAAUGAGCUUCAAGCCAGAAGCAGCUGUUGUGAAUGUCUUUCUUCAGAUGUUGAUUAGAAUGCGCCUUUCACAGCCGACUGCUCGGUGUCUAUAGCGGGCAAUUGUCUUGUCACCCAUGCAUAGCCGUUGUAAAACAAACAGAUUUAGGUUUACAGAUGAGUUAACAGCAUAACUGAAUCUGAUGAUGAUUAUCUGCAAAAUAAAACUGCAGAAACUUUGUGACAUCCCUCGCUACUUACGUAAAGAAGAGAUGUAACUCAUCAACACUUUAGGAUUGCUUCCCCUGAAAAAAAAAUAAUUGCUUUGUACAAACUAUUUCAACACUGAAGGUCUUUAGUGCGUUGCUGCAUUCUUUCACACAACGCCUGCGUUACAGAUUAAUGCCAUGCUUUUUUUUAUUUAUGUGCAAGUUCAUUUCAGAAUCAGUUUGCCCGUAUUUCAGUGUUGUGACUUGAUCUUACUGCCACUUAGCAAGCCGCGCCCAACAUUAGCCUAACCUCCUAAUAUUUCUGUAAGCAGCACAGAUAAGGGGCACACAAUAGAGACUCAGUGCCUGCGUUGUGGGUUCAUUAACGAGUUCUGUUUACUAAAGUAUGAGCCAUACCUUCGUGAUAACCAAGUUAAGUGAAAAAUUUACACACAAGAAGCAUGACAGGAGAGGACUGGCACUCGUCCUUGUCUUUCGUGUUUUUUAGUGCGUUAAUCUUUGGCACUAAAUGUAGUUAAUGCCACUAGACCAACUAGCCUAGUAGACUUUUGUGCUACGCUAACGAGCUCGACUAAAUGCCAUUUCGAAGUUCACUAACCUCUCCAUCUUUGCCUACGACGUGCCUGUGUCCUUUGCUGAGAAUGCGGCAAACUUGACUUGCGCAGACUUUGUGGCCGUGCGUCGCCGCCCCGGCCGGCCACCUCUUCUGGACUCCCAGUUUGGAAGGCGUCUGCGGCGGUGCCUCGUGUGCGGCUACACCACGGCGUUCCACACCAGCAUGCAGAAUCACCAGCGCAUACACACGGGCGAGCGCCCGCACAAAUGCGACUACUGCGGCAAGGCGUUCAUGCAGAAAGGAAACCUAGUUGCCCACCUACGGAUCCACACCGGCGAGAAGCCCUUUCGGUGCCACCUCUGCUCCAUGGCCUUCACGCAGAAGACGAGCCUUGUGGGCCAUGUGCGAACCCAUACGGGCGAGAAGCCGUUUCAGUGUCGCUUUUGCCCGAUGGUGUUUGCCCGCAAAAUGCAGAUGAAGAGGCACGAGGUGACGCACAUGUGGUCCGCGGCUGAGGCUGCGGCACAUGCAGUAGCAAGGGAAGCGUCCCUGAUGAACAACUCUGGUUCAUCAGGCUCUGCAUGGUCCAGCAGCUGCAGAGGGCCACCCAUCAACACUGUAACAUCUGGUAAAGCUUUGCAACUGGAAGAGCUGCGUUUCAACAUUGCUGAGUGGCGCAUUGCUUCUGCAUCUGUGGCACCGGUGGAUGGCAGCACAUACAUAACGUGCCUGCCAGACAGACGGGGCAGCAUUUCUUGCUCACCGGAGGCAGCAGAAGUUACUGGUUCUUCCGUAAUCCCGUGCAUGUCGGUGACUCAUACACUUGCACCUACUGCAACAAGUCCUACAGGACUGCGUAGCAGCCUGAACAUCCACCUGCGCAUUCACACUGACUCCGCCACUUCGCACCGUCGUCCCGGCCGGCCACGAUCUCUUCUAGACGUGCACACGGGAGGUCGAGUGUGGCAGUGCCUCGUGUGUGCGUACACAACCAAAUAUCGUACCAACAUGAAAAACCACGAGAGAAUACACACAGGCGAGCGCCCGCACAAGUGCCACGUCUGCGGCAAAGCCUUCAUGCAGAAGGGCAACCUGGUGACACACCUCCGCAUCCACACCGGCGAAAGACCAUUCCAGUGCCACCUCUGCCACAUUACCUUCAAGCAGAAGAUAAACCUUGCGACUCACAUGGGCACGCACACUAACAGCUGUAGCGAGAGCACUAAGUGAAAUGUAUGUGGUGUUUUUAUGUGCCAAAGUGUGGAGGAGUACAGGGGUUUAACAGACCGACUCUGACGGUCAGGGCUGUUGUAUUGGUGGUCACGCACACCGGCGAGUACUGUCACAGAGACUUAGCAGACUCUUAAUCCGUGUGCGAGGGCUAGUGCAGAUGAGUGAAUGGGAUCAGUGGUUUAUCAUGAAGUAACAUCAGUGAAUACUUGGAAAGAGUGCAGCCCCAGGUCAUUUCAGCAAGUAACACUUGGAAUACCGUAAUUUUAGGCUAUGUAAAUUUACACUGGUAAUAUUCAGAAAACUUCUUAAUGAACUGUUUCUUGACAUUUUCAAUGCCCCAACUCUGUUGCCUGUGGCUUUGGCCUUGCAGUAUGGCUCGUGAAAAGUGAGGGCCUGGAUUUCUGAUUGGCCAUGGUGAGCCCAGUUCAACAAAAUAUCUUUUCCGACUCUAUUGUUCACUUCGCAGCUAUUAGCAGUUAUCUUGUGAAGUCAUGUCCAGCAUAGGCACGUUCAUGGUUGAUGUAAUACUUAAGGUAGAAGGGACCUCAAGCCUAGACGGUGAUAUUGGCAAAUGCCAGAUUGGUUUAACAAAUAACCAAUUAGCAUGUUGAGUUCACCAAUGUUUCUUGUUGGUGCCGCUCUGGUGCUGCUCAUAUCGAGAGGAACUGUACAGUGAACUAGUCGUUGAUGCGCUGCUAACCAAGGUAGUACAGUUCGCAGUAUAUGUAGCAAAAAGCAUGUCUUUUAUUGAAAAAGUGCCUAGUAGAACAGAAAGUUUCUUGAUGUGCAGUAAAGCAUUGUUUAGAAUGCGAGCGCUUACUGUUCGUAAACAUGAGGCGGAGCAGCGUUACGUAAAGCCAGCGAGUGCUGAGGAAUACUAUGCGAAUUUCUUGAGAAGCAUACGAUCGAGGAACAAAUGGAGGAAUGUAAAAAGAAUAACUUGGAAUGCAAGUGCUCUGCUAAUUGCGAAGCCAUGUGGCAUUCAUACAUUGAUAUAGUGUGGUAAUCGAACACGAGAAUAUUUUCUAACAAGUGUGUUAAGAAUAUGCUCGUGCAAGACGAAUUCGGUUCAGUGCAUAAUGUACGAGAUAAAUUGUGGCUCGUGUUCGGUGUCUAGAUGUGCUGGAGAGCCAAAAGUUUACUUUGGGCACGGUGUGUUUUGGUGAAAAUGUGUAGCUGUCAUGCAAUCUAUACUUGCUAAGAGGUGCUGAACAAAGAUAGUAUUCUUUGUCAAUACCAAAGAAAGGUUCCAUUUAAUUGGUUCCCAUUUAUGUAUUACAAAUAAGGUUUUUUAACUUGAUAUCAAAGUCCAACAGAUAUUUAUGUUUAGAACCAUGACAGCUGUUUAUUUUUUGUUUGUUUUGUGCUGUGUUUAUAGGCACGUAUGAGCAACCGAGAUCAUUCUUUAUCACAAUUUUCACAAUGUCUGUCUCCUACUUUCAUUUUUAAUAAUGAAAAGUGCUGCAGAAUUCCUUAUUUAUUAUCAUAAAAUACGUAAUGUAACAUUUUCUUUGUAUGUUGUGGGUUUGUUUUCAAACUAGUUCCUAUGUAAAGUAUACGGGCAAAUAAAACUUUCACUCUGUUAAAUGGC